AUGUGCACCGAAAGCCAGCCCGCGACCGGCCCCGAAGUUGAUCCCGAGUACGAUAACGACUCGGCCUUCGGCUCCGUCGACGACCAGCUGUCGUCCUUCUCGGCCUCGCUCACGUCCAGUGUCGUCAACUACCCCGUGCAGAACGGCCGGCGCUACCACGCCUACAAGGAUGGCUCCUACAUCCUGCCCAACGACGAGCCCGAGCAGGACCGGCUGGACCUCGCCCACGCCAUGACGACCAAGUUGACCGGCGACAGACUCCACCUGACGCCGCUCCCGGAAGACUUCGCUGGCCGCGUGCUCGACAUUGGCUGCGGGACGGGCAUCUGGUCCAUAUGCAUGGGAGACCAGUUCCCCAAUGCGCAGAUUCUGGGCAACGAUCUCAGCCCGGUGCAACCGUCGUGGGUACCGCCGAACGUCAAGUUCGAAAUCGACGACGUCGAGAAGGAGUGGUCGCACAGCCAGCCCUUCGACUUCAUCUUCUCCCGCUACAUGGCCGGCUCGAUCGGCGACUGGCCCGCGCUCGCCACCAACGCCUACAAGAACCUGAAGCCGGGCGGGUGGGUCGAAUUCCAGGACUACGACUCGGUGUACUUCUCCGACGAUGGCUCACUGAAGCCCGAGCACGACAUGACCAAGUGGCUGGACACGCUGAGGGAAGCGUGCCGCAACGCCAAAAGAGACUGCGACCCCGGCCCGCGGCUGGAGAAGUACGUGAAGGAGGCGGGGUUCGUGAACGUCCAUCACGAGGUCUUCAAGUGUCCGGUUGGAGGGUGGCCAAAAGAUAAGAGCUUGAAGCAGUGUGGCUUGAUGAAUUUGAUCCAAUCACUCGAAGGCCUCGAGGCCUUCUCUUACCGCAUAUUCACCGACAUGCUGAGAUGGGAAGUUGACGAGGUGAACGUGUUCCUGGCCAAGGUGCGGAAUGAUCUGAAGAACAAGAGCAUCCACGCCAUGUACAACUACCACGUUGUGUAUGCCCAGCGGCCUGAGGAGUAG